UUUUCUUUUUUAGUAGAUGCUGCCUACUCACAAUAGGAUGAAAAACGGCCGUAGGGAUUUCUAUGUUGACGACAAGUAUGAAAAGAUUCAUAAACAGCGCUGGCUUUAUUCUCGUAAUGCCAUCUUUUGUAUCAGUAUCUUGAUCAUCUUUCUCUAUGUCAACAAGUACGUCCUUGUAGAGAAUGACAACAAAGUGUUGGAUGAUUCAAACCAAGGCGCUGCCGAGAUAAAAGAAGAAAAAGGUAGCCUAACUGACUUGCUAUUUACUCAAUACCCUCCUGUUCAAUCACUUCAACAUUCUGAUGAACUAACAGCUCAACGUCAAAAGAGAGUUGUUGAUGCCUUUCUUCAUGCCUGGAAAGGUUAUACCCAGGAUGCGUUUGGAAAAGAUGAAUAUCAGCCAUUAACACAUACCGGUCAUAACUGGGCACCUGGAGGCAUAGGAUUGAUGCUGAUCGAUUCACUUGACACUAUCAUGCUGAUGAACCUAACUGAAGAAUACAACCAGGUCCGUAACUGGAUUGCUACUGAGUUGGAUUUUAACAAAGAUCAAGACGUCAAUGUAUUUGAAACGACUAUUCGAGUCCUCGGUGGUCUAUUAUCCGCUUACCAUUUAUCAAACAGUGACCCGCUUUAUUUGGAAAAGGCACAGGACUUGGCAGACCGACUGUUACCUGCCUUUGAUUCUAGUUCAGGCAUACCAUUUAAUGGCGUUAUCUUAUCCACUGGACAGCCUUCCACACAUGGUGAAUCUAGCAGCACGGCUGAAGCUACCACCAUUCAACUGGAAUUUAAAUACUUGAGUUACUUGACAGGUGAUAUGAAAUACUGGAAGGCAGCGGAGAAGGUGAUGGAUCGUAUGCAUGAAUUGACAAAGGAUAACGAUCAUCAAGCUUUAGAUGGACUUGUGCCAAUUUACAUAGAUCCUCAUCAUGGCAACUUUGUUACUAAAGAAAUCAGAUUAGGCUCGAGGGGCGAUAGUUAUUAUGAAUACUUAUUAAAGCAAUAUCUUCAGACGAACAAAACUGAACCACAGUAUCGACAACGGUACGAUGCGGCUGUAGAAGGCAUCAAGAAGCAUCUGAUACAGUACAGUUAUCCUAAUCACUAUACGUACAUAGCAGAACUGUUGGAUAGAACCACCCCUGGCAACCGACACCCUAAAAUGGAUCAUUUGGUUUGCUUUAUGGGCGGUAACUUUGUUCUAGGAGCAACUGAAGGAGGCUCAAUACAGAAUGCCAAUAUACAAAAUUCAGAUGAUGUACAAUUAGGAGAAGAAAUAACAAAGACAUGCUAUGAGAUGUAUAACAUGACGGCAACUGGACUCGCAAGUGAAAUAGUAUAUUUUAAUACAAACGAUCGAUCUGAAGGGCCUGAUAUGGAGAUUCAUGUGCGUGAUAGACAUAAUUUAUUGCGCCCAGAAACCGUUGAAAGCCUCUUUUUACUUUACCGCAUGACAGGCGAUGAAAAAUAUCGUGAAUGGGGAUGGAGCAUCUUUGAGUCAUUUGAAAAGUAUACAAAACUACCUGAAGGAGGGUAUUCUGCUCUUAAGGAUGUAACUUUAAUUCCGCCUGUACGCGAUAAUCGAAUGGAUACCUUCUUCUUGGCGGAGACAUUAAAGUAUCUCUAUCUUUUAUUUAGUCCUAGUGACUUUAUUCCACUUGAAUAUUACGUAUUCAAUACGGAGGCGCAUCCAUUGCCAAUUUUUACACCAAAAUAAAAAAUUUCACAUGACAAUUGUUCCCACGGCAACAUAUUUAUUGCGGGG